CUUAUCCGUGAUACGACGUCGCAAGAUCGAUAAUCUUGCAGACUGUAUUUCCGAUCCUCUCCGUUCCAUUAGAAGAGGAGAAGAUGAUCAAAGUUGGUGGAAGUAACAAAAAUAUAGAAGAACACUGAUCGAAUCCAAAGGAAAACAUGUCCAGCGUCAUCAUCUCGGAGCUUCCGGCGAUGGAUGCUACUCGGUUCCAACAGACCCCUUACUACUGCGAAGAGAACGUGUAUCUACUCUGCAAGACACUAUGCGAGAAUGGCGUAGCGGAUGAGACGGGUUCUGAUCUGUUUGUGGUUUUCAUCUCCAAUGAGAGGAAGCAGGUUCCACUUUGGCAUCAGAAAGCUAGUACCAGAGCUGAUGGGAUUGUUCUCUGGGAUUAUCAUGUCAUCUGUAUCCAGAGGAAGAAAGAAAGUGAUUCUGAGCCUUUAGUGUGGGAUCUCGAUUCGACUUUGCCUUUCCCUUCUCCGUUAGCUUCUUACCUGACUGAGACUAUCCAGCCAUCUUUUCAGCUCUUUGCAGAAUAUAAGAGGUUCUUUCGCGUUGUGCAUGCUCCUCUCUUCUUUAAGCACUUUGCUUCCGAUAGAAGACACAUGAAAGGGCCUGAUGGAAGCUGGAUUGCUCAACCUCCACCCUAUCAGCCCAUUGUUGCCCAAGACGGAGUCUUGCACAAUUUGAGUGAGUACACUGCCAUGAGCGCUACGGAUACAUUGUCGAGCUUGGAUCCUGAGACUCUGAGAGAAGCAAUUUCACAGAAACUUGGCGUCUUGGUGAGCCACUCUCAGCUUCAAGACCUCUUCACCAAGCUUCCUUAACCUUCCAAUGUCUUAAUCUCAACUUUUAGUUUCAAGCCUUGUUUCCAACUUUCUGAAACAUUUUCUGAGAUUGAUUUUAGAUGGGGGAAACAUUAUACACUUGCGAAAUGUAUGGUUACAAUGGAACAUUACAUGACU